UCUCUCUCUCUCUCUCUCUCUCUCUCUCUCUCUCUGUGUGGCAAUCGUGAAUUCGUGAUCGAAGAUGGCUGAGAGGGCAGUUGACCUUUGGUCUGAAAUCGUUGCGUCGGAAGAGGCAGAAGGAGAAGACAAGGGAAGACGAGAUCCGAAGUUUGAAGCUGUGUAUCAGAGAAGAAAGCCGCAUCAGAAAUCCUCUGAAGGAGCAGACUUGAAACGCGUCAGCUCGGUGAAUGGGAAUCGGGUUAGUCUUAUCGCUGGACCAAAGAGAGAUAGCUGGACUCGUUCACUUUCCACCAGAGGGAGGACGAGCAUUGCAUUAGGCGCCUAUGUGAACAACCAGCCUCAGCAGAAUCCACAGAGGAGAAGAAAGCCUCCUCUUCCCAAGGGAAAAGUCGUAUCUUCUUUAAAUCUCCAAAAGGAGAAGGAAUACUUUAAUGAGGUUGAUGCUUUUGAGCUGUUGGAAGAGAGUCCCUCUCCCAAGAAUUCCGGUACAUGGACCACAGGUGAUCAAAUCGUUCCCGAGAUACCACAUCUGUCCUCCAGAUUGGAGAAAUGGCUAAUCUCCAAGAAGUUAAACCGCCCUUGUGGUCCUUCAAGCACGCUCUCUAAGAUCCUCGAGAAUUCAGCCACACGGUUGGAACCGAUACAUGAUGAUGCUUUUGAUUCCUCAGCUUUGAAAACGCCCGAAAAGUCGUCUACUGCCAAGAGUUCUGCUUUGCUGCCUGUCCAGAUAUGUGAUGACAGUUUGAUAGAGAACAUUUUUCCUGACAGAAAGAUCAAGACGGAAACUGAAGAAGUUGACCUUGAAAAUGCAUUGAAGCGGCUGUCUUUGACAUCUGGAGUGACCUCACAGUUAGAGUUUGAGGACUCGUUUUGUGAACUAUUGGCAGUGUGUGAACAAACGCGUUCUUCAAGCUUCAUGGAAGUCUUCUCCAACUUCUGUAGACCAGAAAGCAUUGUCAAGAUUGGUGAAGGUACCUUUGGAGAGGCUUUUAAGGCGGGUGACAACGUCUGUAAAAUAGUUCCAAUUGACGGAGACUUCAGGGUAAAUGGAGAAAUUCAAAAGAGAUCAGAAGAAUUGCUUGAGGAAGUAAUACUGUCCCAAACUCUUAAUCAACUAAGAGAAUGUGGGGCUGAUGCUCACAACUCAUGUCCAACCUUCAUAAAAACCCAAGAUAUAAAAGUAUGCCAAGGUCCGUAUGACCCAAUACUGAUAAAAGCAUGGGAAGAAUGGGAUGCAAAACAUGGUUCAGAAAACGACCAUCCAGAUUUCCCGGAGAAACAGUGCUAUGUCAUGUUUGUUCUGGAACAUGGUGGCAAAGACUUAGAGAACUUUGUUCUUUUGAACUUUGAUGAAGCCCGGAGCUUGUUGGUUCAGGUCACAGCUGGUAUGGCUGUAGCUGAAGCUGCUUUUGAGUUUGAGCACCGUGACCUUCACUGGGGAAAUAUUCUUCUAAGUCGUAAUGACUCUGUUAAACUGACUUUUACACUAGAGGAGAAACAUAUGAUCGUUAGAACAUUCGGGGUACAGAUAUCCAUAAUCGACUUUACUCUUUCGAGAAUCAAUACGGGUGAAAAAAUACUCUUUCUAGACCUUGCUUCUGAUCCAUACCUCUUCAAAGGGCCCAAAGGAGAUAAACAAUCAGAAACUUACCGAAAGAUGAAGGCAGUAACUGGGGAUUACUGGGAGGGAAGCUUUCCACGAACAAAUGUUCUGUGGUUAAUCUAUCUUGUGGACAUCUUACUUAUCAAGAAAUCAUUUGACCGUUCUUCGAAAGAUGAGAGGGAACUACGAUCACUGAAGAAGCGACUAGAUAAGUAUCAAUCGGCAAAAGAGGCGAUUUUAGACCCCUUUUUUGCGGACAUGUUCAUGGAAGAUGGCACCACAGAGAACACAAAUCCAUGACCAUACUCCAAGUAAAAAGACCUCUUCUUUUG